AUGGCAGCACCUGAGGAGGACUAUUCAUCAUUACCUCUAACUGAACGAGUCACACAUAAGAUUUGGAAAGUUCGGGUUGGAGCUUAUGAAGAACUUACGAAACUAUUCAAAAAAUCAGAUAAUGAAAGCGACUUUAAGCCUUAUGAGGGUUUUAUGAAAAACAUCGCCACAGACUCUAAUGCAGUCGCUCAAGAAACUGGUCUAACGACCUUACUUGCGUUUGUGGAGAACGCACCAAAUCCAUUAAAGGUCAGGAAUUCUAUAAUACCGGCAGUUGUAGAAAAGGGUUUUGGUUCGUCUCGUGCUGGGACUAAAAAUAAAGCAAUAGAACUUAUACUAUUAUAUAUAGAAGUCGAUUCACCAGAACCCGUAGUAGGGGAUGUCCUUGGGGGGUUAAGCGCCAAACAACCUAAGUUGGUUGCUACAACUGUUUCUGCACUUAAAGAGAUAAUUAGACUUUAUGGUACAAAAACUGUGAAUGUUAAACCUAUUCUCAAAACUAUACCAAAAAUAUUUGCACACACAGAUAAGAAUGUGAGAAGUGAGGGAACACAAUUAGUAAUAGAAUUAUAUAAAUGGUUGGGUAAAGCAAUAGAUCCUCAUUUAUCAGAGUUAAAACCAGUACAGAUAAAAGAACUGAAUGAAUCAUUUGAAAAAUUACCACAAGAAAAACCCACACAAGGACGAUUAUUACGUUCACAAGUGGCAGCGGCUGAAGCGGCAGCUGAAGCUGGUAAAGGUGAUGAGGCUGAAGCUGAGGAAGAGAAAGAGAUUGAUGCAUAUGAUUUAGCGGAACCAGUUGAUGUUCUUUCAAAAAUGUCCAAAGACUUCUAUACUCUAUUGGGGUCUUCAAAAUGGAAAGAAAGAAAAGAAGCUUUGGAAGGUUUUCUGGAAAUCUGUAAGACGCCAAGGAUUGCGGAUAACAAUUAUUCUGAAUUAACUGCUGCACUUGCAAAGCGUAUUUCAGAUGCGAAUAUUCUAGUAGUUACACUCGCAGCUAAUGUUAUUGAGGCAUUGGCUUUGGGUUUACGUGAACCAUUCGCAAAAUACAAAACAACGGUCAUGACUCCUUUGAUAGAAAAACUCAAAGAAAGAAAACAAAGCGUUGUUGAUGCUUUGUCCGCAGCGCUGGAUGCAGUAUUUUUAAGCGUUACAAUUUCUGAUAUCACUGAGGAUGUAUUAGCCGCUGGAAAACACAAGAAUCCGCAAGUUAAAUCAGAAUCCAUGAAAUUUUUAGUAAAAUGUAUUAAAAAUACAAGAACGUCGCCUCAAAAGGCCGAAAUCAAAGCCUUAACUGAAAUGAUGGUAAAGGCUUCUGAGGACAGUUUUGAACCUGUUCGUAUUUCGGCUUUUGAAGGACUGGGAACAAUGAUGAAAGUCAUUGGUGAGAAAGCUAUGAACACUUUCUUGGAAGGACUUGAUGAUAUUAAAAAGGGAAAAAUUAAAGAAUAUUAUGAUAAAGCCGAAGUCAAAAUAAAAUUUUCAGCUGCGAAAAAACCACCGCCUCCAGCUGCAGCACCUAAAGGAAAGCCUGCGGAAAAACCUGCGGCAAAAAAAAAAGAAGCUGGUUCUGCACCCAAGAAGGCAGCUGCAAAACCGGGAGGCCCUCCAAAAAAAGCUCCACCAGCAAAAGCCUCGAGUGCCGCCGCCGCACCUCCAAAAAAGGGCGGAAAAGUGAAGGAAGAAAUUAUCACAUACAAAUUUUCUAACGAAGGUGCUGAAGAAAGGUUUGCUGAAUUUGUACCUGAAGACCAGACUGCUAAUUUAAGUGAAAAGAAUUGGAAAUUACGUUUAGAAGCCAUCGAGAAUCUUCAAAGCACAUUGGAAGAAAGAUCAUCUGAAAUCGAAGCUGAAUUGGUCGUUAGAUUUCUUUCUAAAAAGCCUGGAUGGAAAGAAAGCAAUUUUCAGGUUUUAUCGAAAGCAUUUAAUAUCAUUGAGAUGCUUAGUCAAAAAUUUCCGUCAUUUGGAAAACCAGCGGCAACAUUGGCAAUACCGAUACUUGUGGAAAAAUUAGGAGAUAUUAAAUUAAAAAAGAGCGCAGGGGAUGCAUUAAUGGCAUUUUCCGAGAAAAUUUCUUUACAAUUUGUACUUUCACAAGCAUACGAUCCCUUGAAUAAAGCAAAAGCACCCAAAAUAUUGGCUGAUAAUUUGUUAUGGAUUCAUGGUGCUAUUAUGGAAUUUGGAAUAGGGGGUCUUCAAGUGCGAGAAUUAAUUGAAUUUCUCAAAGUUACAUUAGGAAGUUCUAAUGCAUCCGUUCGUACAAAUGCUGUCACUGUUUUGGGAGCAUUGCGUGUUUUUGUAGGACCAGACAUCAGAACAUUUGUUCAAGAUUUAAAUCCUACACAACUUGCUACAAUUGAUAGUGAAUUUGAAAAAGUAGCUGGUCAAGAACCUCCGAAAUCAUUAAGGGCGAGUGCUGAAGCUACAGGUACAGGUAGUAGUGGAAAAAAUCCCAUAGAAGAGUUGUUUCCUAAAGUUGAUAUUGGUGCGCAAUUUACUAGUAAGAUGAUGGCUGAAUGUAAUGAUGAUAAAUGGAAAGUGCGAAAAGAUGCACUUGAGCAAGUUCUUGCCAUUGUUGAUGCUAACAAGAAGAUUAAACCGAACUUGGGUGAUUUUGUUCCUAUCCUUAAAUCAAGAUUAGGAGAUAGUAAUAAAAAUUUGCAAAUGAUGUCUUUGGAUAUAACUGGCAAGAUUGCUACUGCAAUGGGCAAACCAUUUGAGAGGCACGUAAAAAUAUUAGUUGGGCCUGUCACUGCUGUACUUACAGAUCAAAAAGCAACGGUUCGUAGUAGUGCUAUUAGCACGUUAGAUGCUUUGGCAAAUGCUUGUGGCCUUGAUUCUUUAAUUGGUUCAUUUUCAACGAGCCUUGCCACCGAAAAUCCUUUAUUGAGGAAGGAUUUAUUGAGUUGGCUCUCCGAACGUCUCAAAGAAGCUGCAGAAAGUGAUAAGAAGAAUGCUCUACCGGAUUUAUCACCUAUGGUUCAACCAAUUCUAUCCUGCUUACAAGAUCGUAAUGGUGAAGUUAGAAAAGCUGCGCAGUCUUGUUUAAGUCCUAUAGUAAAGAGUGCCGGUUUUGAUUACGUUGUUGCAAAAUGCGGUGAUUUAAAAGGUGCCGUAAAACAGACAAUUAUGCCAAUGAUAGAAGCCGUUCGACCAACUGGUCCUAGUGGUCCUGCCGCAAAAAAGGACACAAAAAAGGCAAAAUCUCGACUUGCUGCACCAUCAAGCAAAGACAAAGCUGAUACAGAUGAGGAAAAUAUGGAAGAUGACGAUCCACCAGCAAAAUUGCCACCAGGAUUGGUUCUUAGGCCAUCAGCUAAUUCUACACUUAACAAACCCACAACUUCACUGGCAAAUCCACUAUCUGCAGCGAAUCCUAAUACAUCAAGUUUACCUACAAAUGGACUUUCUUCUCAACUUAGUGGACCUCCGCCCUCUGGUAUUAGUAGGCUUCAAUCACCUCUCCAAAGAGGUGGAAUUCCUAGCGGAAUUGGUAGGGGAGCAACUCCAUCAAGAUUACAGUUUUCUCGAGCUCGUCCUGGUAUGAAUGGAGCAAAUGGACAAAUUCCAGCAUCUUCGAAUGAUUCAGUUGAUGAGAUCGAAUCUAAGAAAGAUUUAUCCAGUAUGGAAGUUGAUAAAUUCGAGUCGGUUAAUAGUGAAAUGAAUGCACCUACUAAACAGCGUGUUUUUAUGGUUGAUAUCAUUAUUACUAAAAUUUUGAGUACAGAAUUUCAACAAAGCAUUGAAGCAUUGAAAGAAUUAGAUAAACAAUUGAACACUUCUCCUGAAUCUAUUAUUCGCAAUGUGGACGAGCUUGUAAAUGCUUUAGCCAUCCAGCUUCGAAUUUCCUAUACACAACUUAAACCACAAUCACCUAGUUUAAUUCGAUUGUGUAAACAUCUAGUUAAUGCUUUAGUCUUAUUAUUUUCAAAUAAAGACUUAGCAUCAGCUGUAUCUCAAGAUUCACUCGACCGUUUACUUUCCGAAUUAGCACAUCGUUUGUUAGACCCUAAUCUUACAGUAGUGGACGGUGGUUCACAAUUAUCCAAAGCAAUUAAUGUUUCAAUGGUUAAAGUACUUGAACAUAGCAAUCGUAAUAGAACAUAUAGUGCACUAAUAUCAAUACUAGGGAAAUCGUCAUCAAAUUUGCGUGAAGUUGAUGCAGAAACUGCUGCCACACAAACAAAGUUUACUGAACUAAUUAUGAAAUGUUUAUGGAAAUUGGCAAAGUCAGUCCAGGAAAAUUUGAAGGCUGGUACUCUAUUGCCUAAUCAGCUGCUACGUGAUCUUAACAAUUUCUUUAUGGCAAUACCUCCAGCUGAGUGGAAAAGGAGAGAAAAAGAAAAAGUGUUACUAGGUGAAUUGCCUUUACGUACGGUUAAGACAUUAUUGCUCGAACUAGUAACAGGUCUUGGUGAAAGUGUCUACGAAAAAUUGGAUCUUAUUGAAGAUCCACAGAAGAGUUAUGUUUAUCCUUACUUACACCACAUGCUUGAGGCUACCAAGAAGAAGGAUAGACAAGCUGGCAGCCAAGCAAUCGCUGAUAAUACAUCAAGCCGUCCAUCUUCAAUUUCAUCGGCUCGAUCUAUUAGUUCAGUUGGUUCCGAUAUACAAUUUUCUACUACAGAAUCUGCACGUGCCUCUCCUGCACGAGACUUAUCUCCACAAAGAACACCUACUCAAACAUCAUUAAGGAAUUCAAUACCAGCAAGAAAUUCCCCUAUAAAUGAACCACCAACAAGAACUUUCCCACCAGCAAGGGAUUCUCCAGUACCUGAUGUGCCUGGUCAUAUCAAUGAAACUAUGUCAAAUGCUUCAGAGCCAGUAAGUCCAGCGUCGCCGCGCACUCCAAUGACCCCAAAAUUUCCUACACCAACUACAAGUGCACGUUCAUCAGGUUCGCAUGAGGUAGAAAUGAAUGCACGUCUAACUCAAAUUUUUCUUAAAAUUGGAUCAAGGGAAGAAACGAAGAAGGGUAUCUACGAGUUAUAUGAAUUUCAAAAACAACACCCUGAAAUGGAAGGCAAGAUAACAACACAGUUAUCUAGGACCGGUACACACUUCCAAAGUUAUAUCCGACGUGGACUUGCAAACAUUGCUACAGAGGAAGAAGAGAAGGAAAGAGCAAAUGUUAUCGCAGAAGCUAAAAAAAAUCUAUUUCCUCAAGAUAAGAAUAAUACAGAGAAUGUAAACCAAUCGGAAGACAUUGCGUAUAGACAAAAACUUUUGAGAUUACAACAAGUGUUUGGUUACCGAGAGACGGGGAACGAGUGA